UUGGCUUAAUUGAGCUUUUAUACACUAUUAUAAUAAUUUGGGACUGGAGUAGAUUGUGCCCGGAACCAGUAGCUAGUAGGAACUGUCUGUGCUCAGCAGUGUUUCCACUCGAACAGUAAGAUAAUGAGUACACCACGGUCACAUUGACCUGUUGAUACAGAACAUAAAUAUAAAUGUAAAAAACAGACAGUUUAUCCAAUAACAUGUAUUCAAAGAAGUUUGGACGGCUCAUCUUAGGGUUUUGUACCCGCUGUUCAACAAAUGUGGUGAAUGGCACUUCUACUUCAGCUAGGACUGCAGUCAGCUGGACUUCAGGAUGUAAACAUGGCACGCAGUUUCUGGAGCGUCGCUCUCAAAUGGGUUUCGAGCAUGUGAGGACUCGCUCUGCCUCCAAGACCACUGUGGACCCAAAUGAGGUGAAGAGGUUCCAGCUUUUCGCCAACAAGUGGUGGAACGAGCAGGGAGACUUCGCAGCCCUCCACUCAAUGAACGACCUCAGGGUGCCUUUCAUACGGGAUAAUCUGUUGAAUGCACAUGGCGGGCGGCAGCCGGGGAAACCCCUGGCAGGGCUCAGAAUACUGGACGUAGGCUGUGGAGGGGGGCUGCUCACUGAGCCCUUGGGUAGACUGGGGGCAGAUGUGCUGGGUAUUGACCCGGUGGCAGACAGUAUUGGGACAGCGGAGGUACAUGCGUGGCAUGAUCCAGACCUGCGUGGCAACGUGCGCUACCGUGCUAUCACCCUGGAGGAGCUCUCUGAAAAGGGGGGGCAGGGAGCGGGGCAGUUUGAUGCCGUGGUGGCCUCGGAGGUGGUGGAACAUCUGGCCGACCUGGAAACCUUCACGCUCUGCUGCAACCAGGUGCUCAAGCCAGGAGGAUCUCUCUUCAUCACCACCAUCAACAAGACCCAGCUGUCGUACGCCCUGGCCAUCGUGGCAGCAGAGGAGGUGCUGCGCAUCGUGCCCAGCGGGACCCAUGACUGGGACAAGUUUGUCAGCCCCGUGGAGCUGGAGUGCCUGCUAGAGUCCAAUGGUUUCCAUGUGGAGUCUAUCCGAGGGAUGCUGUAUAACCCUCUGUCAGGGGCCUGGAGCUGGAUAGAGAGCACCAGCAUCAACUACGCCUUGCACGCGGUCAAACUCGAGGAGGAACCGAACCCCGACGAGGACGACCCCACCGUGAUAGUGGCCCAAGCUAAGGCCAGACGCUGGUACAACUGACUUGACCAUGGGAGAUGGAGAGAGAGAGUGGUCGUAAGUGGUCAGCUGCAGCACAGAUGUUCUGGAUCUCUAAAGGGACUGAAGGGAAAGGCAAUGGACCUGGAAAAACACAAAGUCUAUGAGAAAGUUACAUAGUUCAGAGCUUGAUACAAGUACAUGAUGGUGUUUUCUUUCAGCCAGGCCAUGAUUAUUCUGUGAGUUCACAGCAUAAUGAGUCCCCCUGAAUUGCGUGAACUGUUUAACCUUUCGAGGCUUGUCAUUACAAUGUCAUCUGUUGUGGUAGAAGUGUUCAUCACUGUGAUUGACAUGUCAGGUCUCUGAUUUACUAUUGAGCGAGAUGUUUUCUUCAAAUACAGUCACAAUGUGUCUGUUCAUCAAAAUCCAUCGUGUGGAUAUUGUUUAUCUUAUCAUAUCCUCCAUUAGGAAAUGAAAUUGUUUUCUUUACGGUUCUCCGAUCUGAUGAUUAUUGCUCUCUAGUGUCAUUUCAACAGAGUGAAGAUAUAGUCCAAAUCAGUGAUGUGAUGUUUCAGUUGUGAAUAAGUCCUGUGUUGAAAUUCAGGAUCUGAGUAGAGGGCUUUUUAUAUUAAAACAUUCUUUAGAUUUUCUGUCCACAUAUUUCCUGCUAAUCCAUGAAAUAUGGGAGGGGGAGAUCAGGCUCCUUCAGCCUUCUCUCUCUUGUUUGCUCUCUGUAACCAUGGUGACUUUUAGAUAAUAAUUGGCUUCUUGCUGAACUAUUACAUAAGACCCAAACAAGCCUCCAACUAAACUAAAUCAUGCUUGCAAGUUAUUCUUCAAAACAGACACAAUCAUUGGCUGGAUGUUUCAAGAAGUACAGUCACAGUAGUGUAUUUGAUCCUCCACAGAUGGACUUAGUGUUUCUGUUAUAUAUUUUUUGCUUAUAUGUAGACAACACCCAGGACAAUGUGCUGGAAUGCAAAAGAGGUACAUGUUUUUUUCCCUCAUGACACAAAUGUUAUUCAAGUCACAUGCCCCACUGGAUUCUAACAAGUUGCAUUUAAAAGCUGUUCAUUGUAUGUCCAAACUAUUAUGGGUCGAUGUAGGCUAUAGAACAGUCCAGGGAUGGUUUUCCGUCUCAUACCUAAGCAGAAUAAGAUUGCUCUGCCAUAAAUUUAGCAGACCAGGUUUGAACAGGAUGAACAUGUACAACUGGUCGAAUACAGUGUAGUCUACCUCCAGUGAUAUGAGCGCUCGCCCACGAAGCCGAUGGAGUGCGCACGCUUCUUGCAGUAUGGUUGCGCAGUAAGGAUUUUGGAUGUAUAGGCCUUCUUAUGGAAUAUAUAUAUUUCAAUAUUUUAAAGAAAAGGUGAAUCUGCACAAAGCUAUAAUAAACGGAUUAUUGAAUACGA